UUAUCAGUAACAAUACAACUUUGAAAAACAUGAAAUAGUGAGAUAACAUCCGCGCGAAUUAGACUUAUUAUUAUCUUACCAUAAUUGGAUGUCUCUAAGAUAAAGUUACAAUGAAUUUCAUCAGUAAGAAUUCAAAAUUGGCCCGGAAUAUUUUAUUCAGCCGGAACUUGAGUUCUUCUACAUCUCAAAUAAGAAUUUAUGAAGUAGGCCCAAGGGACGGCCUACAAAAUGAAUCUAAACUUGUGCCGACAGAAGUGAAAGUGGAAUUAAUUCAUAAGUUGGCUGAAGCUGGCCUAAAGGAUAUUGAGUCUGCUAGUUUCGUCAGCCCAAAAUGGGUUAAGCAAAUGGCUGAUGGAAAAGAUGUUAUGAACACUAUCAAAAGAGUUCCUGGAGUCAAUUACCCUGUUCUUGUGCCAAACCUUAAAGGCUACAGUAUAGCUAGAGAAUGCAAUGUAGAAGAAGUGGCGAUAUUUCCAGCAGGAUCUGAGGGAUUUUCACAAAAGAACCUGAACUGUUCUGUGGAAGAAGGUCUUAAACGGUUCAAAGAAGUUGCUGUGCAGGCAGUAAAAGAUGGACUGCGUGUCAGGGGAUACAUUUCCUGCGUGGUUGGCUGCCCUUAUGAUGGUCCAGUUAGUCCAAAAGCUAUUGCCAAGAUAACCGAGGAGCUGUUAUCCAUGGGGUGCUAUGAGGUGUCCCUGGGCGACACCAUCGGCGUCGGCACCGCGGGCUCCGUGCGGCGGCUGCUGCGAGAGGUGCUGACGGUGGCGAAGCCCCAGCAGUUAGCUUUGCACUUCCACGACACAUAUGGCCAGGGCUUGUCCAAUUUGCUCGCUGGAUUGGAGUUCGAUAUUACGACUGUGGACUCGUCUAUCUCCGGCUUAGGAGGAUGCCCGUACGCGAGGGGAGCCAGCGGCAAUCUGGCUACAGAGGACUUGGUUUAUUUCCUCUACGGACUGGGCGUCAACACCCACCUGGACCUAAUGAAACUCGUCGAGGCGGGCCGCUACAUAUCCAACUUCCUAGGCAAACCCACCGAGUCCAAAGUGAACCGAGCACUCAGCGACAAGUUCAAAAACCACAAAGACGUCGCCCGGAUGGCCUCCUGCGCCGUUUGAACUUUAAACGCGUAAUGAAAUAUGAAACAUUACCGCGAUAAAUACGUACCUACGCAAUUGAUGUAAAUACAUGUAAAUAUGAAACAUCUGUUGUUGUGUCUACUUAAAUAAAGUUUUAUACGACGCGAA